CAAUUCGCCUAUUGCAAAGUAGUCCCUGAGGAUGAGCCGCUCUGAUUGGAGGACGACGACACGCUCAUGGUUUGCGGAUCAGGGAAAAAGGAUCUGCCCGAUGGCGCCUGGCAAUUGGCGGGAGAGACCGACACCUUAGCGACAUCACCCCCACGCGUGCGACUGAGACUUCAUCCUCCCUGAGGGUAAACGUGGGAGGUAAAGAGACCUUCCGCUGCGUAAAGCUGGCUCGACCCGGAAACAAAAUCUUUUAAAAAACAAUUCACACUCUGGAGGGGAGGGGGAAUUAAGUUGCGAUUACCCGACAGCUUCUGAGGUUGCUAAGCGACGAGGCGGAAGCGCGCGCACACUCAGGCCGCUGGGUAGCACCUGAGCGAACUGUGGCGGCGGCGACCCGGAGACCCUAGAGACGGAGCGAGCGUGUCGCUCCUCCCGGGUCCAGGGACUCUUGCUUAGGAAACCUCUGCCCGGGGUAGAAGCUUCUGCCCUGGUGAUGAGGCGAGAGUUUUCGCGGGACGCCUACUCCGAAGCGAGCGGGAGCCGCGCUUCUUCCCCACUCCCGAGGCAGGACAGAGAUUCCUUCUGCCAUCAGAUGUCUUUCUGCUUGACUGAACUGCACCUGUGGUCUUUGAAGAAUACCUUACACAUUGCGGAUAGAGACAUUGGGAUCUACCAGUAUUAUGACAAGAAAGAUCCACCAGAGCAUGGUAAUUUAGAAGAAAAGCAGAAGCUGGCAGAGUCACGAGAUUAUCCUUGGACGCUCAAAAACAGACGCCCAGAAAAACUCCGAGACUCACUCAAAGAGUUGGAGGAGCUGAUGCAAAACAGUCAGUGUGUGCUGAGCAAAUGGAAGAACAAAUAUGUCUGUCAGCUCCUCUUUGGUUCAGGUGUGCUGGUGUCCCUAAGCCUUUCUGGGCCACAGCUGGAGAAAGUGGUGAUUGACAGAAGCCUGGUGGGGAAACUCAUCUCAGACACCAUCAGUGAUGCUCUUCUCACAGACAGUUUUAUCAUCUUAUCAUUUCUGGCACAAAACAAGCUAUGUUUUAUUCAGUUUACCAAGAAGAUGGAUUCUUCUGAUGUAAACAAAAGACUGGAAAAACUGUCAGCCUUGGAUUAUAAGAUUUUCUAUUAUGAAAUACCUGGCCCAAUAAACAAGACAACAGAGCGUCGUCUAGCUAUCAACUGUGUUCAUGAUAGAGUUGUUUGCUGGUGGCCACUGGUCAAUGAUGAUGCUUGGCCUUGGGCCCCCAUUUCUUCUGAGAAGGAUAGAGCCAAUCUACUCCUCCUGGGUUAUGUUCAAGGAAGACUAGAGGUUCUGAGUUCUGUUCGCACAGAAUGGGACCCACUGGAUGUUUGCUUUGGAGCCAAACAGCAUUAUCAGGUGUUCACAGUGGAGAACUCCAUCAGUGUAGACAAAGAGCCCAUGGCUGACAGCUGCAUCUAUGAAUGUGUUCAGAAUAAAAUCCAGUGUGUGUCUGUCACCAGAAUACCACUAAAAUCAAAGGCCAUCAGUUGUUGCAGGAAUGUUACUGAAGACAAACUGAUUCUGGGCUGCGAAGAUUGCUCACUAAUUCUUUAUGAAACUCACCGUAGAGUGACUUUCUUAGCACAGACUGAACUUUUGCCUUCAUUAAUAAGCUGCCACCCAAGUGGUGCCAUUCUGCUAGUUGGCAGCAACCAAGGGGAGUUGCAAAUUUUUGAUAUGGCUCUCUCCCCUAUUAACAUCCAGCUGUUGGCUGAAGACCACUUACCCAGGGAGACUCUGCAAUUCAAUAAAGUAUUUGAUGCUUCCAGCAGUCUUGUUCAAAUGCAAUGGAUAGCUCCUCAGUUUUUUUCUCGGAAGGCUGAAGGUAGUGAUAUCUGUGAUCUCCUCUUCCUCAGGUUUGAAAGAGGACCUUUGGGUGUACUGUUGUUUAAACUAGGUAUCUUCACUCAAGGACAGCUGGGCCUGGUAGACAUCAUUUUCCAAUACAUUCACUGUGAUGAGAUCUAUGAGGCAAUAAACAUACUGAGCAGCAUGAACUGGGACACUCUCGGCCACCAGUGCUUUAUCAGCAUGAGUGCUAUUGUAAACCAUCUUCUUAGACAAAAGCUCACUCCAGAGAGAGAAGCACAGCUUGAGGCAAGCCUUGGAACCUUCUAUGCUCCAACAAGACCACUUCUGGAUACCACGAUACUGGAAUAUAGAGACCAAAUCAGCAAAUAUUCAAGGAGAUUCUUCCACCAUUUGCUCAGGUACCAGAGAUUUGAAAAGGCAUUUCUCCUAGCUGUUGACAUUGGUGCUCGUGACCUGUUUAUGGAUAUUCAUUAUCUUGCACUAGAUAAAGGUGAAUUUGCACUAGCUGAAGUGGCAAGAAAAAGAGCUAGUGACAUUGAUGCAGAAUCAAUAACCUCUGGAGUUGAACUACUGGGGCCCUUGGACAGAGGGGAUAUGCUAAAUGAAGCUUCUGUUGGCCUGUCUUUAGCACCUCAAGUGGAAGACUCAUUUCCAGAUAACCUCCCUCCCUCUGGUUCAUCCCACAGACAUACUGUACGACAAAGAAUACUGAAUGGCUCUUCUAACAGACAAAUAAUGGACAGAAGAAAUGAACUUGAAAAAGACAUCUGUUCUGGAUCUUUGAUGACUAACAACUGUAAUGCAGAAGAAGGAGAACUGGGUGAAGACUGCAGAGAACAGGAAAUCAGAGAUGGUGGUUCUCUCAGAAUGAUUCACUUUGGUCUGGUGUAAACAAUAAGAACAAAAGAAACCUGCCUUUUUCAUAUCUAAACUUUUUCAUGGCCUGAUACAGACUUAAAAUCUCCCUGUGUGGAUUCUUAACAAGGAGAGAGUAUGAAUCAUAUGAAUUACUUAAGAGUUCUAAGUGGAGUGUUUUCAAAAUAAAGUUUUAUUAUUUCAGAAA